AUUAUUUUCCUUGUUGACAGAUGUGUCACAAAUGCGAAAGUAACAGUGGAUCAUCCAAUUACUUAUACAUUUCUUAUUGAACAUUAAUAAUGGCGACAGAAGUUGAAGAAACUAUUAAGAGGAUCCAGGCCCACAAGGGUGUUAUGGGUGUCGUCAUCGUAAAUCACGAAGGCAUUCCUAUUAAAAGUUCUUUAGAUAACGCAACUUCGGUGCUCUACGCUGGUUUGCUUGGUCAACUUACGGAGAAAGCUAGGAAUGUUGUCCGUGAAAUGGAUUCUACAAAUGAGUUAUCAUUUUUAAGAGUGAGAAGUAGAAGGCACGAGAUAUUGAUUGCACCGGACAGAGAGUUUAUACUAAUCGUCAUCCAGAACACUUCGGACUAGUCCAUAUAUAUUUGUUAUAUAUUAGGUUAAGAUGUACUUUUCAUGUGCUAUAACUUAGCAGUAAUGGUCUUAAAUAUCUUAUGUCUAAAUACUUGACAUUUCUUUAAGGUUCUUGUUUGUAUUUCCAUUUUAAUAGACACUGCUUCAUAUUAAACUUACACUAAGAUUCUGUCAUAAGAAUCUAGAUACGGACAACUAAUAUGACCUUUUAAAGUAAUUAAUAUGUGUACAAUGUCAAUGUUACUAAUUAGCUAGCCUCCUAAGUUGUAGUGAUUAUUGCACAGACUUCAACCUGUGAAUUUGUGAGGUAAUUCACUCUAAUUUUUUUAGGAUAUCAAUAAAAUUUAAAUUUGAUUCAAA